AUGGUGUCCAAGAUUUUGAAGAAAACCGCAUUCGACAAAAAUCCCACGUCCACCAAGGGGUGUCGUGGCAUAAGGCAGCGCCACCGCCGCAGCUGCUCCUUUAUAAAGGCCGCAGCUGCUGCCUCCUCUAUUGUGCUGACCCGCAUUGGCUCCAAAGGAUUUAAGAUCAUUCAAAAAACCCAAACCCGAGAGGGUCAACCUGAAUCCGAAUUAUCCCGGGAAAGCCGUCCGCUCCCGCCACUGACUUCGCCGGAGAAGCGGACCGUGUUUCUCGAUCUCGAUGAGACACUGGUCCAUUCCGUGACUGGCCCACCGCCCAAGAGAUUUGACUUCGUCGUACGGCCGACGAUUCGCGGCAAAGUAAUGACUUUCUACGUCGUGAAACGUCCUGGCGUGGACGAGUUUUUGGAGAAAUUAGGAAACAAGUACGAGGUGGUGGUGUUCACGGCCGGGUUGCGCGAGUACGCGACGCUGGUGCUCGACCGGCUGGACCGGAAGCGGGUGAUUUCGCACCGGCUAUUGUAG